CUGUGUGCACUUACAUGGUUGUCCUUGCUGUGGAUAGCUGAAACACGCCAGCUCUGCACAGGCAUAAGACUCCAUCAUAAUGUUGAAAAAUCGGCGAACACCAGAUAAAUCAUUCCUCAACAACAGCAAACCUGUAUUGUAUAUCCUUCAACAAUACUUCAUGAUCAGAUAUCAAGAGGCGAAAUCAAACGAAACACCCAGCACUGUACUCUGUUAACAAUAGCCAAGACAUGCCAGAUAAGCUAACUCAUUGAUGUUUGCCACCCUAACCAAAAGCAGAUAAGAAACACUCUCUUAUUGAGGCUAGCAGAUGAGAUUCUUGCUGUCGGCUGCCCUGUUCAUCAUACCAUUGCUUCUGCCUCUCCGAUACAAAUACAGGGAGAACACCAAGGCUUCAGCACCAACAAACUGCAGGUCAUCUUGACUACCAUUGUCUUCAUUUUUCCGCAGAAGAAAACAGCACCAAAGCUUCAAUCUCCAAACAUGGCUUACCAUCUACGAUCGGCAAGCGUGCCUUCAAGCCCUCGCUCGAACAAAACAGAAGUCGAGCAGCAGCUCCAGAGCCUGAGCACAACCAUCUCUUCGCCCUCGGCGACCAUCGAUACGAUGUGCGAUGGUUUGAGGGGGCUGGCAUACAUCUACAGCUGCAUCGAGAACAUGAUGUGCACACCAAGCAGCCAAGUCAGCCUCUGCCAGACCCUGCAAAGGGUAGCAGUGGAGGCAGAGCUUGAACGGUCCCUCGUCUUGCUCGACCUCUGCAACGCCAUGCAGGAGAGCUUCAUGGAACUGAAGAUGACUAUCCAAGAGCUCUUGUUCGUUCUCAAGAGAGGAGAAAAUGCAACUUGUCAAGUCAAGGCGUACACCCGGCUAGCCAAAAAAGCACAAAAGCAGUUCAAGAAGAUCAGCAAGAAAACUGCUUCCGACAAGAAUGAUUCUAGGGUGGUGAUGCUAAUGGCAGAAGCGAGAGAGAUCACCAUUUCUCUGCUCGAAUCCACAUCCUCAGUCUUGUUGAAGCAAAUUGAGAUGCCCAAGUGGUCUCUUGUCUCCAAAACAUUGCAGAGGAGCAAAGCCGUGUGCGAAGAGGAGCAAUUGCAGGCACUGGAGGGCAGUAUAGGAGAUCUUGAGAGUGGAGUGGAGCUUCUGUAUAGGAGAUUGAUCCACAACAGAGUUUCUCUUCUCAACGCUCUUAGCUCGUCCUCAUAGAUACCCUGAGUUCUAGUUCCCUGCGAUUGGCAUCCACCUUUUAAUGGACUAUAGUCAAUCAUGAUAACAAUUUUGCAGUAUGUACAAGUGUAGAAAGUUUGCUGAACCGAAAAGCAAUAGUGAACUCUGUCAAUUUCA